UACAACUUCUCGUUUGCAUGCUGAGCAAGAUACUUGAUGGAGUUUGAUUGAAUUUGCAAAAAUCUAUGGGAUUUUUCUUUUUUUUUUUUGAUAACGCACGUGACAACGGAUCGCCGAUCGAACAGAUUGACAGUUUACUGGACUCGCUGAACCGAGUGGCGUUCAUUUCUAACCGUACGACAGAGGCAGGGGAAUUUCACGUGAACGCACGUGACAACGGAUCGCCGAUCAAACAGAUUGACAGUUUACUGGACUCGCUGAACCGAGUGGCGUUCAUUUCCAAGCGUACGACAGAGGCAGGGGAAUUUCACGUGACUCGACCCCCGUUUUUGUCCUGAUUGGAAAUCGUCACAAUUGACAACUGGCAGGAACGCUCAUUGUGAGGGAGAUACCCGUGACAGAGGAACAAGAGCUGUUAGAAGGAUAAUUAUUGACGAUUGAUGUGAACUCAAGUCUUGACAACCACUGAUGAAAAAUUUAUAACUGACGGAAGAAAUCAAAUUUCCGGUAUGAAACCCAACAACGCGAACCGCGAAGUGCCAAACGUCGGAGAUGAUGAGUAUGACAAACGGGGCGGGCAGGGGAGUCUGAUGGGCUUUAUUUACCAGCUGAAGGUGCUAAUGCUCUUCAUGACCCGCGGAUUACGGAAAGAUCUAAAGUUUCGUUUGGCGACCGAAAUGAAGGCGGCGGGAAACUUUGAUGAUCUCGUGCUUGAGCUUAAAUGCGACGACGACACCGAUAGUAAGAAGUCUUACCGAUUUCUUCAGGCCAAACAUAAACAGUCUAAUUCGACGCUGACCAAAGCUGAGGCCCUUUUCGAGGAUAAAGUCUUCAACUUGAGCACAUACUUCGAUUCCUACUGUCAGAUAAAAAGACAUCCCGUUUUUAGUCAGGGCGAUUUGAUAGAUUUCAUAAUUUAUACUACCGUAGAUCUAGAUGUGGAGAAACUCAAAUCUCAAGGGAUUAAGCUGAUACCGGAUGAACAACGUGACGAUUUUCUGGAUUUCGAAAACACAAACUACGGAAACAGACGAUACAAGUUCGACAGUGAAGGACCAUCUAUGAUAUAUAAAAAGCUAGCAUCGGAAGCUUACUAUCUGGCUCAGACGUUGGCUGCGAAAGUUCUGAAUGGGGAAAAGUUGACGUUUGACAACAAAAUUCUGAAAAAAUAUCGUCACAUUCUGACAAGGGAAGUUCUUAAUGUGAAGGAAAUGAAAUUUUCCGACGCUUUUAUUAAAGGGGAACAAUUGUCCGAUGGGGCGAAAAAUUUCCGCGACGAAUUUUAUGGUCAGUAUUUACAACAAAAGGAACCCCCGGAAAAUGACGUAAACCAAGAAAAUAUUUGGAAUGAUAUAAAGGAUAAGUCUCUUGAAUUCUUGGAGAGUUUCGUCUCGGACUGCGUACUCGAGUGUCUGGAAGAGUUACCCGUGGAAUUCAAAAAUUUAUUGGAUUGUGCCAACGUUAACAAACUAGUCAAAAUAGAAACGUCGCCAGAAAAAGUCUCUGGGAAAGACAAAGAAAAAGUCUCUGGGACAGACAAAAAAAAAGCCUAUGCGCCUAAUAUCGUGACUAACAUCGACACUCUGUUGAGAUAUGUAUUGAAUGAAGAAACUACCGACAAGAUUCGAUUCAAGUCAGAGUUUUUGAACGAUAACGGCAAGCUGCCUGGGGACAUAUUAGGACUCAGAAAAACUCUGAAGAACGAACUGGGGAAUAGAUUUGACGUUCUCGAUAAAUAUCUUUUUGAAAUCGAAAAUUUGAAGAAGGUCAAGGACGAACAGCUGUGUUUGAAGAACAAGUUUCCCGACAGUCACGUCAAUGACAAAGAAAUCCCAUGUUUCCUCGAGAAGUUGACGGUAGCGGUUAAACAGCCGAACGAAAUUGAACUGGGCAAAAUAUUAGAACAAGAGAUGGGUCAAGAUCGCAUGUUAAAUGAACUGUGUGCUGGAUUAGUUACCAUGUCUUUUGAAAAAGAGAUGCGAAAUUGGUUUUUUCACAAAAUAGGUUCAUAUAAAUCAGCGGAUGACGUCCGUGAAUUUCUCGAUGAAACUGUGAAUAAAAUUGAAACGCUGAUAUUGUCGGGAUUCAAUUUGGCAUACCCGGAGCAGCUUGAAAAUUACGGCAUGUAUUUCAAAAAAGCAAAUCAGGAGUUUUUGAAUUAUUUAAACAAUUCGACAAAAGAUACAGGAAAGAAAAAUGCCGCUUGUAAUUUAGUCGCAACCGAGGGAACACUGAUAGCAGCCAUUCAAGUUCACCGAGAGAUCAAGAAUUCACCCGAGUUUCAAGAAGAACAUAAAAGUAUAAUUAUGCGGCUGAACGAGCUGUUGUUGCCCAGUAUCAGAAAACGUGUAAUAGAUGUAUUUCGAAUGAAGGACCGGCAUCAUUUGCUGGUUGUCGUUUCUGAAGGGUGCAAUGAUCAGGAGCUUCGGGACUUGGGUAUACUGUACAAAGAUUUGAACGAAAUUAUGACGGAUAAAGGAUAUGAAAUGAAAAGGCUGAUUUUUGUUACAAGGACGGAGUUACGUUUCGAAAACUGUUAUCAGAUUUACUGUAAUUUAGGCUUGAAUCAUCUUACAGACGAUUCACAGAGGAAACUAUUGGACAAACAGCUCGUUAAUUUGCAAGAUCGAAAAGAAAACAUGAGUUUCACAGAAUUAUUGCGAAUUCAACAAUCGGAAAAUGUAGAUCCGAACGGUUUUAAAAACUUCAGAGACGCCAUUGACUCCACAACGUUGGAGAAGCUGAUCCGUGGCAGGAAUAAUAUAAAAAUAGGCUCUGCCCCGCAAGGUUUGGGUUCUAUGAAAAAUUAUUUCAUGAAUCGUACAUUUCAUCGGCGAGUUAUCAUCAAGGCCGACGUCUUUGACUCUGAACUGACUUCCGAGAUCUACGCCGUCGGGCACGUGGACCUCAAUUUCUCACAGAACCGAAGGACGCAUGGAAAAAUGGGAUCUUCUCAGCGAAUUCAUUCCUUGAAACAGCAACGUAGAUUCGUUGAAUUGAACAGUGGUGAAGAGGAGACGCGAUUCGCAGAGCUAUGUAACGCAAAUCCAAGCCAAAACGUUCACUGGCUUAUGUGGGGAAAGGGAGGAUUACUAUGGAUACGAUCGAAUGGUAGUAUCGAUACUUUGCUGGAGUACAGAGACUUGGGAACAAAUUUUGAUUGUAACUACCGGUGCGAGGUAUGUAAAAGCGCAGCCAGCAAUAUGAAGGUUGAUGAACUAAAUGCUCAGAAUGUGGAGCCCGUAAUUGUUUCUGAUGUCGCGGGCAUGGGAAAAACAACAAUUCUAACUCACUUUACGAAGAAAAUGGAAGAGAAAAACCCCGAAAUGUGGGUGAUCCGUAUUAAUUUGAACGAUUAUGCAGAUGCGUUGGCGAAAGAAACCAGAAAACCCAAUGUGAAAGCGGGUGACGAGGAGAGCGUGACCAAGUUUCUCGUCAACGGUUUUUUGGAACUCAAGACUGAAAUGGAAAGAGUGAUUCUGAAAUAUCUGAUCAAGGUACCAGGUAGCGUGGCUUUACUUUUCGACGGUUUUGAUGAAAUAAGUCCCCGGUACACGGAAACAGUAAUAAAAAUGUUGAAAGCAUUAAAAGAAUAUUCAGAAGUGAAAUUGGUCGUUACCACAAGACCCCACAUGCAGGGUGCAUUAGAAAGUACGCUUCAGACAUUUUCUUACGCAAUGGAACCGUUUUCUCGAACAGAUCAAAUCGAUUUCUUAGUCAGGUAUUGGAGGAACGUAUGCAAUCAAGUUGACGAAACACUGCUGAGAACACGUGCUGAAAGGGUGUUGGAGAAAAUUGGAAAUGCAAUCUCUGAUCGGCUAAAUGAAUUCGCUGGUAUUGCACUGCAAACUCAGCUUAUUGGAGAAAUAUUUGCUCCCGACAAUGUCAAUACGGAUUCAGUGGUUAAUCGUAAAAGUUUUGAGCCGGAUGUGCCAGAUUAUUCCAAACUGGCUGAUCUGUACCGUAUGUUUGUUCACAGAAAGUUCGAAAUAUACUGCACAGAGAAGAAGAAGGAUGACUUAAACAAUCUUGCGGUACAGGAAGGUGCCGAGAAAUUAGAAGCAAAAUGUUUGAAGGACUAUCGGCGAUUAGCCAUGUACAUGUUGCUUGAAGAAGAAAAUUCAGGAACGUGGACUUUAUCUGCAGAGGAAAUUGACGAAGUGAAUGAAUCGAUUACUGAGAUAAAAAGCGGUAGAGAUCGAAUGAGCAUCGUGACAAAUACAAGCAAUCAGACAGUGCGUUUCAUUCAUAGAACUUUUCAAGAAUAUUUCGUGGCCAGUUAUUUGUUUAAUAGCCUCAAAAAAUCGAACGCGAAAGAGUCGACUGAGCGGUUAAAAGAGUUCAUUUUUAAUGAAAUUCUGCUAGAAACAGAACAUAAGGUGAUUCGUGCCUUCCUUAACGAUCUGUUAUCCGAACCGCUAGUGAACUCAAUAUUCGACGCUCCUAUCUCUACGGAAAAAUGGAAGGUAUACGUAUCCAGCAGAUACUACGGAAGGAUUUCGGAAAUUGCUGCGAAGGAAGGCAAUUACGAGAUCAUCAAAUUCGUCUUUUCUUGGCUUGCAAAGAAUUCCUCAGAUCCACAAAAGUUCAUUAACUCAAAGUUCGCAUUUUUUGACCAAACUCUGAUGAAUCAAGUGAUUAAGAACAUGCCGCUACACAGAUGCCAGAGCACAUUAGCUGAAGCUGAAAGAGCAGCUCUGACAUGGUUGCUGGAACACAAGGCUGAUGUCAAUGUUACCGAUUCUGCAGGGAAUACUUCAAUGCACUUGGCUGUUAUUAGAGGAAAUUUAAUGGUUCUGAAAUUAUUGGCAGAUCAGGGAGGAGCUGACAUGACAGCUCGAAAUGACAAGGGUGAAACAUUGCAGCAUAUAGCUGCUAAAUUUCAGAAGUUAGAUAUGCUAAAGUGGCUUUUGGAAGACCAGGCUUGCGAGGUCAACGUACAGGAUGAUUCAGGGAUGACGUUGCAGCACGUAGCUGCUGGACAUUAUAACUUUGAUGUGCUGUACUGGCUUGUGCAAGACCAAAAUUGCAAAGUCAACAUACGGGACGAUUCAGGGACGAUAUGGCAGCGUAUAUUUUCUAAAUUUCAGAAGUCAAAAAUGUUAAAUCAAGUUGUGGAAGACCGAGGUCGCGACGUCAAUGUAUGGGACAAUUCGGGGAUGACGUUGCAGCACGUGGAUAUUGUAUUCCAAAACUUAGAUAUGCUAAAGUGGCUUGUGGAAGAACGAGGUUGCGACGUCAACGUACGAAAUAAUUCAGGGACGACGUUGCAGCAUAUAGCUGCUAAUCGUAAUGACUUAGAUAUGCUCAAGUGGCUUGUGAAAGACCGAGGUUGCGACGUCAACGUACGGGAUAAUUCAGGGGUGACGUUGCAGCUGGUGGCUGUUGCAUGUAAUAACUCAGAUGUGCUAAAGUGGCUUGUGGAAGAACGAGGUUGCGACGUCAACGUACGGGACGAUUCAGGGGUGACGUUGCAGCACAUGGCUGUUGGAUGUAAUAACUUAGAUGUGCUAAAGUGGCUUGUGGGAGAACAAGGUUGCGACGUCAACGUACGGAGUGAUUCAGGGAUGACGUUGCAGCACAUAGCUGCGGAAUGUAAUAACUUAGAUGUGCUAAAAUGGCUUGUGGAAGAACGAGGUUGCGACGUCAACGUACGGUACAAUUCAGGGGUGACGUUGCAGCAGGUCGCUGUUGCAUGUAAUAACUCAGAUGUGCUAAAGUGGCUUGUGGAAGAACGAGGUUGCGACGUCAACGUACGGGACGAUUCAGGGGUGACGUUGCAGCACGUGGCUGUUGGAUGUAAUAACUUAGAUGUGCUAAAGUGGCUUGUGGGAGAACAAGGUUGCGACGUCAACGUACGGGACGAUUCAGGGGUGACGUUGCAGUACGUGGCUGUUGGAUGUAAUAACUUAGAUGUGCUAAAGUGGCUUGUGGAAGAACGAGGUUGCGACGUCAACGUACGGUACAAUUCAGGGGUGACGAUGCAGCACGUGGCUGUUAGAUUUAAUAACUUAGAUGUGCUGAAGUGGCUUGUGGAAGAACGAGGUUGCGACGUCAACGUACGGGACGAUUCAGGGAUGACGUUGCAGCACAUAGCUGCGGAAUGUAAUAACUUAGAUGUGCUAAAAUGGCUUGUGGAAGAACGAGGUUGCGACGUCAACGUACGGGACGAUUCAGGGGUGACGUCGCAGCACGUGGCUGUUAGAUUUAAUAACUUAGAUGUGCUAAAGUGGCUUGUGGAAGAACGAGGUUGCGACGUCAACGUACGGGACGAUUCAGGGGUGACGUGGCAGCACGUGGCUGUUGCAUGUAAUAACUUAGAUGUGCUAAAGUGGCUUGUGGAAGAACGAGGUUGCGACGUCAACGUACGGAGUGAUUCAGGGAUGACGUUGCAGCACAUAGCUGCGGAAUGUAAUAACUUAGAUGUGCUAAAGUGGCUUGUGGAAGAACGAGGUUGCGACGUCAACGUACGGAGUGAUUCAGGGAUGACGUUGCAGCACAUAGCUGCGGAAUGUAAUAACUCAGAUGUGCUAAAGUGGCUUGUGGAAGAACGAGGUUGCGACGUCAACGUACGGGACGAUUCAGGGGUGACGUUGCAGCACGUGGCUGUUAGAUGUAAUAACUUAGAUGUGCUAAAGUGGCUUGUGGAAGAACAAGGUUGCGACGUCAACGUACGGAGUGAUUCAGGGAUGACGUUGCAGCACAUAGCUGCGGAAUGUAAUAACUUAGAUGUGCUAAAGUGGCUUGUGGAAGAACGAGGUUGCGACGUCAACGUGCGGGACGAUUCAGGGGUGACGUUGCAGCACGUGGCUGUUGCAUGUAAUAACUUAGAUGUGCUAAAGUGGCUUGUGGAAGAACGAGGUUGCGACGUCAACGUACGGAGUGAUUCAGGGAUGACGUUGCAGCACAUAGCUGCGGAUUGUAAUAACUUAGAUGUGCUAAAGUGGCUUGUGGAAGAACGAGGUUGCGACGUCAACGUACGGGACGAUUCAGGGCUGACAUUGCAGCACGUGGCUGUUAGAUUUAAUAACUUAGAUGUGCUAAAGUGGCUUGUGGAAAAACGAGGUUGCGACGUCAACGUACGGGACGAUUCAGGGGUGACGUUGCAGCACGUGGCUGUUAGAUGUAAUAACUUAGAUGUGCUAAAGUGGCUUGUGGAAAAACGAGGUUGCGACGUCAACGUACGGGACGAUUCAGGGGUGACGUUGCAGCACGUAGCUGUUAGAUUUAAUAACUUAGAUGUGCUAAAGUGGCUUGUGGAAGAACGAGGUUGCGACGUCAACGUACGGUACAAUUCAGGGAUGACGUUGCAGCAGGUCGCUGUUGCAUGUAAUAACUCAGAUGUGCUAAAGUGGCUUGUGGAAGAACGAGGUUGCGACGUCAACGUACGGGACGAUUCAGGGGUGACGUUGCAGCACGUGGCUGUUGGAUGUAAUAACUUAGAUGUGCUAAAGUGGCUUGUGGAAGAACGAGGUUGCGACGUCAACGUACGGAGUGAUUCAGGGGUGACGUUGCAGCACGUGGCUGUUGGAUGUAAUAACUUAGAUGUGCUAAAGUGGCUUGUGGAAGAACGAGGUUGCGACGUCAACGUAGGGAGUGAUUCAGGGGUGACGUUGCAGCACGUGGCUGUUGGAUGUAAUAACUUAGAUGUGCUAAAGUGGCUUGUGGAAGAACGAGGUUGCGACGUCAACGUAGGGAGUGAUUCAGGGAUGACGUUGCAGCACAUAGCUGCGGAAUGUAAUAACUUAGAUAUGCUAGAGUGGCUUGCGGAAGACCGAGAUUGCGACGUCAACGUACGGGAGGAUUAAGGGGUGAUCGAGAAGAGCGU